CGGAACGAGGAUUAUCUGAAGAAAACAUGACCCUGGGGGACGGGGUGUAAACAAAAAUACUGAGUACUGACGUUCUGAAAAGCUGGAAGUGCUCGCUCCGGCCCCGGUGUUCUUCUGCGUCAUACUCCUUCGUUGUCUCCUUCCUUCCCAAAACCAGAAAGUACGAAACGGAAGUAGAGGGAGAAGCGGGGGAUGCAGUGGUACUUCGUGGCGGCGCUGCUCACGGUCCUCACCAGCUCGCAGGGUAUAUGGACUACCCUUUCGCAGAGCAAUGGCAAAUAUAAGUACGAUUAUGCAACCAUUCCAUUUCUUGCAGAAUUCCUCAAGUUGUCGGUCUCGAGCUUUUUACUUUGGAAGGAAUGCCAGUCUCCAUCACCACCAAGGAUGACAAAGGAGUGGAAGAGCAUGCGACUAUAUCUUGUUCCUUCAGUCAUCUACCUCAUCCACAACAAUGUCCAGUUUGCGACCUUGACCUAUGUUGAUCCAUCUACCUAUCAGAUAUUGGGUAACCUGAAAAUUGUCACAACUGGAAUUUUGUUCAGGCUUGUCUUGAAAAGGAAGUUGUCAAAUCUACAAUGGAUGGCAAUUGUCUUACUUGCUGUGGGAACAACUACAAGCCAGGUCAAAGGAUGUGGAGAUGCACCAUGCGAUUCACUUUUCUCAGCACCAUUGCAGGGUUACAUGCUUGGGAUACUUUCUGCCUGUCUUUCUGCACUAGCUGGAGUCUACACUGAGUACUUGAUGAAGAAGAAUAAUGAUAGUCUGUACUGGCAAAAUGUACAAUUAUAUAUGUUUGGAGUUAUAUUCAACAUGGGUUGGCUUGUCUAUGGUGACUUCAAAGCUGGAUUUGAGAUGGGUCCAUGGUGGCAGCGUCUUUUUAAUGGCUAUUCCAUCACAACAUGGAUAGUUGUGUUCAACUUAGGGUCUACCGGUUUGCUAGUCUCAUGGUUGAUGAAGUAUUCAGACAAUAUAGUGAAGGUAUACUCAACUUCAAUGGCCAUGCUUUUAACCAUGGUUUUGUCUGUAUAUCUUUUCAAUGUGAGAGCUACCGUUCAGCUUUUCUUGGGCAUUAUCAUCUGUAUAAUUUCCCUGCAAAUGUAUUUUAUGCCGGUUCAAAUGCUUGUUGAAUUGCCACAAACAUUGCCAGUUACAUCAAAGUAGGUACAUGCCACUAUUAUCUGACCGGUUCCAAAGUAAUAGGGGACUGUUGAUUGAAGAAGCAGCAUCAGCUGAUUAUCUUUGUCUCGGCUUUAAUUGAAUCAUCGCUUGAAAAUUUGAGGCUACGACCUUUCAACAGGUUUUUUGGUUAGUGUCACAUUGCAGAGAAGGUAAAUAGUCAGUUAAGUGAACACGUGAUUCCAGUGGGAGUGGGUACAAGGUUAAAAGCUACGGGCGUUGCUGAUAUUUAGGCUCAGUUUGGCAUUGCUGAAUUGUGCUGGGCAGAACUUAUUCUAUAUACACACGAAAGUAGGGAAAAGUUGGUUAGCCAAACACGAAAAUAGUGAAAAGGGUGGAAAAAACGGGAUUACGAGAAUCCACCGCAAUGCCAAACGCAGCCUUAUUCAGGUAGAGGAUGAAGGCUUAUUGCUAUUUUUUGGCCAAAAGGAAAUCCAUAUACAUGUCUUAAGUUAGCAAAAAUGGCUCGUUAACCUUACCCAAAAUUUUGACAUUCACAUGGAAGGAAUAGAUACAAAACUGGUGACUAAAUACAAGCUAUUACAUCCUCGCAGAAGAUUUGAAAUUAUUUUGUUGCAGCAACUGUACUCUAUAUGCUCUUAUUUCUGAAGCAAAUUUUGUGCAAGGAGUUGCCCUACAAUCUGUUAUUCAAAAACCACUUUCUGAUUUUCAAAUUUUUUGAAACAAUUUAUGGAUAAAAGUCAUGCUAUAUCAUGUGCAUCUGGUUUUUAAUCCAACAAUAGGUUCUAUCGUGAUUGUACAAAAGAGACAAAAAUGGGGUUAUAUAACUGAGGCACUAUCCAUUUUUAUAUUAUUCUUUUUUCUAGGCCACAAUAUCAAUUUUUUUCAGUUAAUUUUUGUAGGUGCACAUCAUAUAGCAAUAUCCAUGAUUUUUGUUGCAUUUUUUGAGAAUCAGAAGUGAGAAAAAGGAAGAGACAGAACAUAAUGUGCAGUGGAAACUAGUUGCCAAAAUUACUUCCGCUUAUUUACAUUAUACUUGAAUUAUGGUUUUGCCAGCAUGAUUAAAAGUCUACACAACAAUCACAUGUGCGAGAGUAAGAAGCUGUCAAAGCGAAACCUUGUUUUUUCAGUUAGAAAUCAAAAGAUUUUCAUACUAUGCACUUCUAUGAAAGCUUAACUGAGGAGACAAUAUGAUUAGCCUUUUUCUUUCUUGAGAUGGAACAAAGAUUAUUUGUACUGUGCGCUUAAUUCAGGAGACAAUAUGGUUGGCUCUUUUUUCUUUUCGUGAGAUGGAAAUUUUCAUGCUGUGCACUUCUAUGAAGGCUUAAUUGGGCAGACAAUACAGUUUGCUCUAAUUAGGCAAGUGUUGUAUGUACGGAGUACUUUAUGUUAGUACCAAGUCUAAUUGUAUCCUAUGGAAGGAUGUGAUAAUGUCAAAUUCAUGCCAUUUACCAUUGGCAAAAGAUUCAUGAUAUUCAGUUCGUUCUCA